AUGAGUUUAAACAUUUUGCAGCACAAGAGUUGGCACGUAUGGACACAAAAGAACAUCGAGAAGGUGCGCAAGGAUCAGGAGGAGCACCGCAAGCAGGAGGACCGCAAGCGCAAGCGUGAGCUGGACAUCGAGCAAGAGCGGCGGCUUGAAGCGCUGCGAGAGCGGAACAAGCGGCUCAAGGGCGAACCUGUGGAUGACGACAGCGGACCCUCCUCUUUGGUCAUAGUCAAGCAAGAAGAGGGUGAGAGAGCUCUGGUGACCGGCCCUGGUGAACGACGACGCGGCAAAGCGGUGGCGGUGAAGCACGAGCGCGAGCAAGAGCAGGAAGUGGCGGUGGUGGCAGCAGCAGAAGAACCCCUCAAGCACGUCAACUUUUUUGAGGACCUUGAACUCCAACAGCGUGCCGAGGACACGCGAAAUCCCGAGCACGAGGCCGAGAAGAAGGCGCAGGCGGAUCGUGAUGCACGGUUCUACACAACCUACCUCGGGCAGAGCGCAGCCGAGACACAGAAGGUGAAGCCGUGGUACUACGGCCCGCCCGUGGAGACCCCGGCGCUUCCGCCCGAGAAGGAGCGCAAGCAGCAGCGGUUCAAGGCCGAGAAGGACCCCCUGUCCGCCAUGGGCGUCUUCCUCCAGCGAAAGAAGCAAAUCGAAUCCAUCCAAGCGAUGCACGCCAAUGGCUCGACCGGGACGCCAGCGAUGCUGGCCCGGAGCAUGAAGAUAGCGGCCCAGAUGUCCGCAGCCACCACGACGACGACCAUCACCGCCGCUUCUUCGACCACGCUCUCGACCACCGGCAGCGCCGACACGAAGGAGAAGAAAGAAAAGAAAGACAAGAAAGACAAGAAGAAGGAAAAGAAGAGGAGGAAGAAGCGGGAGGAGAAGAAGAAGCGACGGAAGAGCAGGAAGCACGAGUCGUCGUCGUCUUCGGACAGCGACAGCGACAGCAGCUCGAGCGAUGAUGAUGAUGAUGGCGCCGCGGAGGCCAAGAAGCUGAAGCUCCUGCAGCUCCGCGCAGAGCGGAUGAGACGCGAAGCCGAAGCCAAGGGCAAGACGCGGCAGCUGCUGUUCGGCAACAGCCAGGGCGUCCCGACGCCGGCCGUCAACGCGGGCGCCGGUCAGUACAGUUCCGGCUUCGCGCCACACAUCGGCGGCAUCCUACGAGCGCAGGAUCGGGAGCGACGGGCGCAGGAUCGGGAGCGGCGCGAGCAGCACCACCGCCACGAAGACCGGCGUAGUUCGUCGUCGUCGUCGUAUUCGUCCUCUUCUUCAUCGUCGUCGCACCACCGCCACCGUCGUCAUUACUCCGAUUCCGGUCACUUGGAGGGCCGCGAGCGUGGCGGCGCUUCCCUGCGUGACAACUACUGA